AUGCUCAAGCGCCCGCUGCCCCGGCAGUUGCUGCACCUGCUCUGUUGGCUAUGCCCAUACCUGGGCGAUGUGUCUCCAGGGUCCCCGCCGCACUUGGUGUUUGUGCUGGCAGAUGACCUGGGCUGGAACGACGUGGGCUGGCACGGCUCGGAGAUCCGCACCCCGGUCCUCGACGCGCUGGGGGCGGGCGGCGUGCGCCUGGAGCGCUACUACACGCAGCCCCUGUGCACCCCGUCCCGCAGCCAACUCCUCACCGGCAGGUACCAGAUCCAUACAGGUUUGCAGCAUGAGAUAAUUUGGCCAUGUCAACCUAGCUGUGUUCCACUGAAUGAAAAACUUCUGCCUGAGCUACUCAAGGAAGCAGGAUAUGUUACCCACAUGGUGGGUAAGUGGCAUCUUGGCAUGUACAGAAAAGAAUGCCUUCCAACCCGCAGAGGGUUUGAUACUUACUUUGGUUAUCUUCUUGGAAGUGAAGAUUACUACACUCAUGAGCACUGUGUGAAAAUUGUGUCAAAGAAUGUAUCACGAUGUGCACUUGAUUUUCGAGAUGGAGAAGAAGUUGCAGUUGGAUUUAAAAACAUGUACUCUACUAAUAUAUUUACAGAACGAGCUCUAGAUCUUAUAGCUAAUCAUAAAACUGAGAAGCCUCUCUUUCUCUACCUUGCUCUGCAAUCCGUCCAUGACCCUCUUCAAGUACCUGAGAAGUACACUGAACCAUACUCAUUUAUCCAAGACAAAAAGAGACGCACAUAUGCAGGGAUGGUAUCGGCUAUGGAUGAGGCUGUAGGAAAUGUCACUAUGGCCUUGAAGAAGUAUGGACUUUGGGAUAACACCAUUCUCAUCUUCUCUACAGAUAAUGGAGGCCAAACUAUGGAAGGUGGAAAUAACUGGCCAUUGAGAGGAAGAAAAUGGACCCUGUGGGAAGGAGGAGUGAGAGGGGUUGGCUUUGUUGCCAGUCCUUUACUAAAGCAGAAGGGAGUGGAAAGCCAUGACCUUAUCCACAUUUCUGACUGGCUGCCAACUCUGGUGACUCUUGCUGGAGGACAUACAAAUGGCACAAAGCCGUUAGAUGGCUUUGAUAUAUGGGAAACAAUCAGUGAAGGAAAAUCUUCACCCAGAAAGGAGCUGCUUCACAACAUAGACCCCAUCUUUGUGGAUCCAUCUCCAUGUGCAGGUACCAACAGGACCUCACCACUGAGUAAUUCUCUUUCAUGGGAAGAUUCUAUUUUCAAUACCUCCAUACAUGCUGCAAUUCGACAUGGAAAGUGGAAACUACUAACAGGCAAUCCAGGCUGUAGUCACUGGUUUCCACCACCGUCUUCAUUCAGUGAGUCAAAGACUCUGUCUUCUGACCCAUCAACCAAAAAAAUUUGGCUCUAUGAUGUUGUUAAUGAUGCUGAGGAAAGAAGAGAUUUGUCGGAACAAUAUCCUAACAUUGUGGAAAAGCUGCUUUCCCGUCUGCAGGACUACUAUAAGAACUCCGUGCCUGUGUUUUACCCAGAUGAUGACCCCCAUUGUGACCCAGCAGCUACUGGAGCCUGGGGGCCUUGGAUGUAGAAAACUGCACUGCAGCUUAAGGAAUAUGUUUGCACUACAGUUGUAGAGCUGAUUUUCAUGCCGCAUUUGUCUACCAAAAAACCCCCCAAAACCUGUCUUUGUAAAGAAACAUUUCUUCAGGUAUUUCUCUUCCUGGGAUAUGGAAGCACACCAACUAGGCACCCCCCCCAAGGAACAUAUUCCACUGGCCAUGCCCUCCCAGGCAUUUCCACAUUCAGCAUUUGUUUACAGAUAACAACACCAAACGUGAUAUGGUACCCUGGGGGUUCAGAGUUCCAUGUAACAUAGAGGAACCCUCUUCAUGUUCAGGACUACGUUCUGCAGACAAGCACUAAGUACAUGGAAGCCCAGAGAAUGGCCAGCAAGCCUGUCAGCAUGGGGUGAUUGUGGCUAGCCAGCCCGCUCCUAUUUGCCCCUUCAUGCGUUAAAGCAUAAUGCCUGAAGAGGGCUUGUGUGUAAAUCUGAAUGUACCAUGGGAAUCAGCCCAUAGUCUCAGGGAUAUGGACAAAUCAUUCUGACCUCGUCGAUUUUACCUCUACAGCUUCAAUUUAAGUCCUUUUGGAUUCAGCUCUUGUUACUCAAAAGCAGGUUGGAAGAUCCUGUUUCACUUUUGAUUGUGCUUGAACUUCUAUUAGAAUCGUAAAUCUGCUUUUGUCUAUGACAUGUCUCCAAAGCAGAGGGUAAAACGGUGCUGCCUUCCCAAAAUUCCUGGCCAGCUGGGAAACAUUAUUUCAGUUGGAAAGGUCUGAGUCAUGGGGGCAGGGCCUUCUAAAUUCUUCCACAUUUGAAGUCAGAGGUUUGAUUUCAUACUUGCCAGCAGCCAGCUUUUAUUGGAGGCUGACAGAGUUGUAGAGAAAAGGGGAAAGAAGCCAAUUGUUGAGUUAUCUUGGCAUUCCUUCUUACUUUACCUUGUCAGUCUCUCUGGUAAAGGGAGUAUUCCAAAAUCUCUGUGAGCACAGCCUUCUACCUGCUACCCACUAAAGUCCUAGCAACAGGCAAGACUGCAUCCCAAAUGUCUUAAUUUUGCGACAUUAAAUCCUAGACUUUGCAACCUGAAUGUGUAAUUAAAAUCAUGCUAUUUCCCCCCCUUUUGUGCAAUAUUUGUUGGAGAACUUGACUGUAAUGUUGCUUGUGGUGGAAGAAGAUGGAUGUAGGCUUCAGCCUGGUCUACCCAUGCAGCAGAAUCAGGUAGUAAAGUUUUGAGGUGUUAGUAUGGACUUAAUCACUUUGGACCACAAGUGGGGGAUGCCAUUUUUAAGUGCUUCUAUAUUAAAACAAUCUCCCUGCUAGCACCCAGGGAACAGCCUGGGCUAGGACUUUUCUUCCUGGUGUACUAAUUUUCAGCUUGCAGAUUACAACUGAACUGGGAUUCAGAGGAGUAUCACCUAUGAAUGUGGAGCUUCCACUUACCUGUUAUGCCAUUUGCUAGCAACUAAAACUUUUGCUAUAGUUAAGAUGGUCUAAAGAGAAUGAAAUGCCCCAUUUUAAAAGCAGUGUUGAAAUCCUUUUGAAUUGUGAGAAAUCAUAGGAGUCAUGUUGGACAAGACUUUUUUUAUUAUUUUAAAGAGGGAAGGGGUGUGUUUAGAGAGGGAAAGAGCAGUUCCCAAGGGAGCCCACUGAUACUCUGUUGCCGAAGGGCCUACAAAGACCUAGAGUUGGCUUAUUUUGCUAUCUUAUCCUGCUGCAUAUGUGCAGACAAGGCCUAAGUGGAUACCCUGAGAGUGGAGACUUAUUUAUUAUUUUUAUUUCCACCUUUCCUCUAUGGAGUGCUAACUCUGGAUGCUGGAAUUUUAUGGAGUGCUAACUCUGGAUGCUGGAAUUUUAGCAUCCAAAUUUAACACUCCAUCUGCUGCACCACACUGGGUACUCAGAAUAAAUACCAGGCAUUGUGGGGAAGCAGAGGAAGUGAUUGAACAAGAUGUCUUCCAGCUCUUACUAUCAACCACCAGAUUUUCAGAGGCGGGCAGGAAAAGGUUGGCUGGGUAUCUGUGUAUGCCUAAUAUCCCUUGCUGGUUACUGUGGUUCAGUUCUAGCACUCAACAUUUUGCAGUCAUAUAUAUAUUAUAAGACUCCCAUGAUUGUUACCAAAUUCUGAAGAAAUCUUUUGCACAGAACUGCAGAAUCCACAGGGUAGUUUAAUUAUACACACACCCCUUAUCUACAAGCAGCAAAUCUGUGAUUAUCAUCCUGCUGUGAAUAUCAAAGCAAUAAGUGCUUUGAUAUUGGCUUCUAACGUUAAGGUUGUCCACAUGACCAUAACCGGCAAGAAGGGUGGACGGGGGGAAGGCAGGGAUGAAGCUACCUCCCCCCACCCCCUAGACGAUUGGAGAUCUCUUCUUCAGUGCACUGUCACAUGCCCACACAAUCCGCACUGCUCCGAGUAGUGCGGAUCACUGAAGGCUGGGAAAACGAGUCCCAGCCUCCAGGAAUCCCAAAAUGCACUGCACAUGCAGCGUGGUACAUUGGGGAAUUCCCCCAUGAGUCAAGUGCUCUAGGUGCCCGACUGUGUAUGCAGCUCAGGCAUGCAGCCUUAGCAUUCACAUGACCCUGGAUACUCUGUUGCCGAAGGGCCUACAAAGACCUAGAACUGGCGUAUUUUGCUAUCUUAUCCUGCUGCAUGUGUGCAGACAAGGCCUAAGUGGAUACCCUGAAAGUGGAGACAUAUUAUUUUUAUUUCCACCUUUCCUCUAUGGAGUGCUAGAUAAAGGGUGCUGGAUAAAGGGUGCACUCCUUCCCUUUCACCCAGGUGAAAGCCCAGUAAAAAAAAAAACUUGGGCUACCAGGGAAGGCAGCGCCAAGAUCUGCUUCGAUCCCGGUGCGUCACACGAGCUGCCCAAGCCUGGGUAAGGCUGCUUAUGUGAACAGCCUCUUGUUCUGGCCGUUUAAUCCCCCCCUCCCGUUUCUUGCACUUCACAGAAGUUCAAUGUAGUACAGUGACCUGCCCCCUGAGAAUAAUUAUCCAAGAUUAAAACUUCUCUUUACCAAGCACACUAUGGGGGCAGAAUGUGAAAAUGGCAUUGUUCUACUUCUUCCAUUAGCUAAUGGGUCAGCCAGCCAGAGCCAAAGCUGAGUUUCUUUGUAAUGUUUGAAAGCCUUUUCUGAUUCAAGAGAGGCUUGCCAACAAUGUUUUGUACUGAUGCAAUAGUAGUGAUCUUGAAAGACUAUUUAAACUUUGAAAUUAAAAAUCAAGCUCUAACUUU